CUUAUUCUUCUCUAUAAUCGUCAAACGGUUGGGCAAACAUUGGUGUUCGUGAAACCCUCCUAUUUCAAUUGCCUUUCUAAUUGACACUAUACUAAGACAGUUUUAUUUUGUUUACUAAUUCCUCGAGUCCUAUCCAUCCCUGGGGUGGAACUGAUCAACCCACCAAAGCUGGGCAUCUCCAACACCCUGACUGCCCAAGAACGCGCGCAAACCACCGUCUUGGCGCCCACCGUGUCGUCUCUUCCGGAAGUCCGAAUCGCAACCAGGAUAUUAAUAGCUACAACGCGCACAAGACGAUCGCGCCCGCUUCGCUUGGUAUUUCAGGUGUAGCAAGGUGGCGACCGGACCGACAAGAAUUGCCACACUUGACAUCAUCUAAAUUAGUCUCACACACUAUGUCUACUGCCAAUGAUGGAGAGGUCGAUCCGGCGCUCCGUAGCCAAGACCGUCCGUCGCAACCAGGGCCCGCUGGCGAUGUAAAUAACGAGAAACCCAACCAGCCGACCCCUGACAACCAUCAGAACGAAGAACAUUCGCGCCCCAACGACACCAAUGAGAAGCAAGGUAGUCCGAUUCCUCGUCGCAGCACCUUGAAGGAGAAAUUCAAGGAGCAGAAGAAAAAGAUUAAGGCCGUAGCAAAGCCUCCUGGGGGGUUCGACCCAACACCCAUCCCUGACGCCCCUCCGGGAUUCACGGUGAAAUUUAUAUUUCAUAGAGCAGAAAAUUUACCUGUUGCCGACAUAAGUACGGGCACAUCAGAUCCGUACCUGGCUGCUACUCUAACGACUUCGCUACCGAAACGACAUAAAGAAGACCCAGACCUUGUUUACCGCACCCGCACGAUUAGGAAAUCUCUGGAACCUCAAUGGGAACAAGAGUGGAUUGUCGCCAAUGUCCCAGCAUCUGGGUUUAAGCUCAAAUGUCGUUUAUAUGACGAAGACUGGCCGGACCACGACGACAGGCUCGGGCAUGUGUCCAUCCAGGUCUACCAUGUCGGCGAAGACUGGGCGGGCUUUUCAGCCCCUGAUAACGAAUUCGAAGUGAAGAAGCGUAGCGGUAGCAAACGUGCAUAUAUUCUCAAGGCCUGUGAAACUGCCUUUAUCAAGGAUAAGUCUAUGACGCCGAGGCUGUUUGUGAGCAUUGUUGUCCUAGGUAAAUCGGACCCGCCAUAUGGCCACAUGUACACCGUUGGACCAACCUACUUCUUCAAGCACUUCUCGCCCAUGAUUGGUCGGAUGAUAGGCGCGAAGGUCAACGUAGAUGAUGGUGACGACUCGAACACCCAUGGCGCGGAUGGGGCUGCGUCUGCACCCCAUAGCAACGGCAAACAGCAAGAGAAGAAGGCCCAAAAGUACGAUUUCCAGGCCAACGAAUUUCAAUUAGCUGGGCCGGUACCAACGAAAAUGUACCAUAGAUAUGUCGAAUUCCGGCCCAUUAUUGGUCUCCUAUUCCGAGGCCGCGGGCUGCGGGGCAAGGUUCUAAACAAAGCCCUCCAUCAUCAACACAGGCGGAUAUACAACUUUGAUAGGCAUACCCUUUGGGGUAAAUUCGACGCAUGUACCGAAGACGCUUCUCACCAAUUCUUGAAGAUGGCACAUUAUGGAGAAGGGGGGCAUAUAUUCACCUACAUCAUCACCCUAGACGGAAUGAUGAGAUGGACAGCCACCGGAAAAGAGAUCGGAUUGGAUUUGCUCUCGAAACAUACGCUUCAUUCUGAUGCUGCGGCUUAUAUUGCUUGCUCUGGAGAAUUUUUCAUUAGGAGGGUGAACAGAGCGGAAUCGAGCGAGGAUGCCGAACUUGAAGAGCAUCCCCAAAAACCGCCGGUGGGUAAGCCGGAGGAUUAUCAACUAAUAAUUGAUAACGAUAGCGGUACUUAUCGACCCGACAAAUCAGUGCUGCCCGAUUUGCACAGUUUGUUGGAGCGUAAUUUGCCAGGUAUAGAUAUUGUGACACUUGCCUGCGACGACCCAGAGGACCAAAGACUCAAGAAAGAGCAAGCCAAGCUCAAGAAGGAAGGCCGUGUUAUCAUGGUGAUGAACCGCAGCCCGAGCCAGACUUCAUUUAGUUCCUCCGACAUUAGCGACCUCGACGAGAUGGAGCGGGCUGGGGAGGCGGGUCGCAAGGGUAAAAUGGAAAGAGCAUAUGCUCUUCUCGAAGAUCCGAAACGAAUAAGACACCCGGCAGGAGAGGUAAUAAGCGGGCCGAGUGGAAGUGCAGAGGCCUCUCACGCCACUUAAUAGGUCCAUCGCUAGGUGUCGAACUGUUCUUACAUAAAAGCUUGUUUUGCUGGAUUCCCUUGUGUGGGUUUUGCAGUAGGUGGUUUGGCUUUUUGGAUGCGACGAGCGGCCGAGCUGUGUUUGGUCAUGAACAAAUCUCACUGGAGCCUCUUUUAUGAUAAUCUUCGUUGAUUCCCCAAUUGUUUUUGCUUUCAUCAGAUGGAACGCGUCCCAAGACGCGGUGGAUAUCGCCUUACUAUACCUUGACGACUUUCUCUUUGUAAUGAUAUUAAAAUAACCCAAUCGCAAGUCAUAGCGAAUUUCAUGAGUCAACCUAUAUGUAUUUCUUGCCUCCUGAUGCUGUGGUACCCUUAUCUAAAUAGUUAUUUAACACCAUGUAAAAAACUAUAUUAUUUUAAUCAAAUGUUGAAAAGAUA